UUAACUAAGACAAAUGAUACAGACUGACUCUUACCUCUGUCUGAUCUGUUUCACCUUCAUCUCCCUCACUGUCGGCCCCCAUGUGCAGUGUGGCAUGCUGGGCUUUACUCUCCGGCUUCGUACUCAUCGUUGAGGCAUCGGGACUGGCAGCUAGAAGGUCAGCUGCUUCAUCAAAUUCUGGCAAUAGAGGAUGAUUCCAAUGUCAGAUGUACUGUCGGGUUGUCCAGAAAUUGACCUCAUGUGCCAGUUCUAUGUAUCCCCAACUAAUGCACUUUGUGUGGCAACCUUUACAUUAGACUGGUACACUCAGUGGGCUAGUACUGUGUAUAUCAGACUGGUACACUCAGUGGGCUAGUACUGUGUAUAUCAGACUGGUACACUCAGUGGGCUAGUACUGUGUAUAUCAGACUGGUACACUCAGUGGGCUAGUACUGGGUAUAUCAGACUGGUACACUCAGUGGGCUAGUACUGUGUAUAUCAGACUGGUACACUCAGUGGGCUAGUUCUGUGUAUAUCAGACUGGUACACUCAGUGGGCUAGUACUGUGUAUAUCAGACUGGUACACUCAGUGGGGUAGUACUGUGUAUAUCAGACUGGUACACUCAGUAGGCUAGUACUGUGUAUAUCGGAAAGUAAUACCCAGGGGAAUAGUACUGUGUAGAUCUGAGUGUCACAGUAAGAGGUAAGAUGGGAUAGGUAUACUUGGGCUGGAUACACAACACAGGGUGCGGAUAAAUGAGGUAAGCACAUGUAACAGUAAUUUAAUGUCACAGUGAGUGUACCUGGGCUGAGUGAAUAUUUCAGUGAGUAUACCUUGGCUGGGUGACUGUCACAGUGAGUGUACCUGGGCUGAGUGACUGUCACAGUGAGUGCGCAUGGCUGAGUGACUGUCACAGUGAGUGUGUCCUUGGCUGAGUGACUGUCACAGUGAGUGUACCUUGGCUGAGUUCAGGUCACAGUGAGUGUACCUGGGCUGAGUGAAUAUCUCAGUGAGUGUACCUGGGCUGAGUGACUGUCACAGUGAGUGUACCUGGGCUGAGUGACUGUCACAGUGAGUGUGCCUGGGCUGAGUGCAGGCCAUAGUGAGUGUGCCUGGGCUGAGUGCAGGCCAUAGUGAGCGUGCCUGGGCUGAGUGCAGGUCACAGUGAGCGUGCCUGGGCUGAGUGCAGGUCACAGUGAGUGUGUCCUGGCUGAGUGCAGGUCACAGUGAGUGUACCUGGGCUGAGUGACUGUCACAGUGAGUGUGCCUGGCUGAGUGACAGUCACAGUAAUUGUACCUUGGCUGAGUUCAGGUCACAGUGAGUGUGUCCUGGGCUGAGUGAAGGUCGCAGUGAGUGUGUCCUGGGCUGAGUGCAGGUCGCAGUGAGUGUGUCCUGGGCUGAAUGACUGUCACAGUGAGUGUGUCCUGGGCUGAGUGACUGUCACAGUGAGUGUACCUGGGCUGAGUGCAGGUCACAGUGAGUGUGUCCUGGGCUGAAUGACUGUCACAGUGAGUGUGUCCUGGGCUGAGUGACUGUCAAAGUGAGUGUGUCCUGGGCUGAGUGACUGUCACAGUGAGUGCGUCCUGGGCUGAGUGACUGUCACAGUGAGUGCGUCCUGGGCUGAGUGACUGUCACAGUGAGUGUGCCUGGGCUGAGUGACUGUCACAGUGAGUGUGUCCUGGCUGAGUGACUGUCACAGUGAGUGUGUCCUGGCUGAGUGACUGUCACAGUGAGUGUGUCCUGGGCUGAGUGCAGGUCACAGUGAGUGUGCCUGGGCUGAGUGACUGUCACAGUGAGUGUGUCCUGGCUGAGUGACUGUCACAGUGAGUGUGUCCUGGGCUGAGUGACUGUCACAGUGAGUGUGUCCUGGGCUGAGUGACUGUCACAGUGAGUGUGUCCUGGCUGAGUGACUGUCACAGUGAGUGUGUCCUGGGCUGAGUGACUGUCACAGUGAGUGUACCUGGCUGGCUGAGUGACUGUCACAGUGAGUGUACCUGGCUGGCUGAGUGACUGUCACAGUGAGUGUGCCUGGCUGGCUGAGUGACUGUCACAGUGAGUGUACCUGGCUGGCUGAGUGACUGUCACAGUGAGUGUGCCUGGCUGGCUGAGUGACUGUCACAGUGAGUGUACCUGGCUGGCUGAGUGACUGUCACAGUGAGUGUGCCUGGCUGGCUGAGUGACUGUCACAGUGAGUGUGCCUGGCUGGCUGAGUGACUGUCACAGUGAGUGUACCUGGCUGGCUGAGUGACUGUCACAGUGAGUGUGCCUGGCUGGCUGAGUGACUGUCACAGUGAGUGUACCUGGCUGGCUGAGUGACUGUCACAGUGAGUGUGCCUGGCUGGCUGAGUGACUGUCACAGUGAGUGUGCCUGGCUGGCUGAGUGACUGUCACAGUGAGUGUACCUGGCUGGCUGAGUGACUGUCACAGUGAGUGUGCCUGGGCUGAGUGCAGGUCACAGUGAGUGUCACUCAGAUGGAGUCCUUACCUUGGAACCUGAGGUCUGCUGAAGCCAUGCUGUCUGACUCACACCAUGUCCUGGAUCCUCACUCACACUCAGCUCAGCCUAGAAGCUCUCACUCAGCUCCAAACACUGAGCCUCCGCCUCAGCUCACACUCGGACUGUACCAAUCCCGGCCGGGGGGGGGAUCCCUGCCAGCUCCUCCCUGCACAGCCUGUCAGAGCCGCCCACACACAGUGUGACAGAGAGAGAGAGCGGGGCACACAGUCACCGCGUGCAGGAUCAUAAACCCUAAUCAUCUCACACCUCCUCCCCCCCCAGUCAUAACUCGCAAUGGUUUCUCCCAACCCCGUCACGGCCCCGCCCCCCGGAAUAGAAACACGCAGUAAUGGCCACGAUGGCUGUGCGGGUGCCGCGGGCACAGUGACAGGAACUGAAUGGUGGGAGUCGGAUGUUUCCGGUCGGAGGGCGAUUCGGACGGACAGCUAAGGGCAGCUGAAGCCGGAAGUUAGCGCAGUGCUGGCAGAUGAUCAUGGCUGCGCGCUGUGUCCGCGUCCUAUGGCGGAGGUCGUGCUCUGCGGCCGCCACUGCGAACCCCUCACCGGCAGCGGAAAUAAAGAAACCCGGCCGCUGGGAGAGACUGAGAACCGGCAAAAUGGGUAAACCGGGCCGAGAGCCGAGUGUGCAGAGUAACAUGGGGAGUGUAUGGGGGGGGAGGGAGAGACUGGCAUGGGAGAGACUGGCAUGGGAUGGGGAGACUGGCAUGGGGGGGAGAGACUGGCAUGGGAUGGGGAGACUGGCAUGGAUGGGGAGAUCAAUGGGGGAGGGAGAGACUGCGCAUGGGGGAGGAGAGACCGCAUGGGGGGUGGAGGAGAGACUGGCAUGGGAUGGGAGGGAGAGACUGGCAUGGGGGAGACUGGUACGGGAUGGGGGAGAGAGAGACUGGCAUGGGGAGACUGCAUGGGGAGACUGGUACGGGAUGGGGAGAGAGAGACCUGGCAUAGAGACCGGUAUGGAUGGGAGAGAGAGGACUAUAUGGGAUGGAAAGAGAGACUGGCAUGGGAUGGGAGAGAGACUGGCAUGGAUGGGGAGGACUGGCAUGGAUGGGAGAGAGACUGGGAUGGGGGAGGGAGAGAGACUGGCAAGGGUAGUGGAGACUGGCAUGGGGGAGGGGGAGACUGGCAUGGGGGGGAGGUGGAUGAUGGUAUGAGGGAAGGGGGACUAAAUACCUUUUGUCAUAACUUGGUGGUCCAGUGGGGAUAACCGGUCUGCAGAGCUGCAGACCAUUUAUCUUGCGAGACCCGGUCAGAGCAGUGCCGUGGUAACCCGCAGCAACACUCUGGGCUCUGCACACUGAAGACGUGUCUGCGAUUGGCGCUCUCUGGAGGGGUCUCGCACCCGGCGGCAUAUCACUGACCAAGAACCCAACACAGUCUGCCAUUAGGCGGCCGCCUAAACCGUCUGGUUAGAGAGCCACCUCUGCUAUAAAUCCGUAACUGACCUCAAUGAGACCGUAAUGUAACCUCUGUGCAUCCUGCAAUAAACCUCUAUAUAUACAGUAGAGGUUAUAUAUGACAUACACUGUCACUCAUGUCCCAUAGCUCCCUCCCGUCUGUGUCACACUAUGCUGGGAGGGACAUGCCUCAUAGCUUUAUCUCACUGUGUCACUGGUUCCCAUAACUCCUUGUCAUGUCAUUCUGCAAAAGUAUAGAUUAAAAGUACUAUAACCUCCAGCAGAGAUUAAUGUAGCUUCGCAAUUUGGUUUUCUUUUUGUGCAACAUAUUUUUAUUAAGUUGAUAUUUAAGCUAAAACACGAGACAGUGACAUAUGCAAUAAUAAAUAAAACACUGACUGACCAUAUAAUAAACAAGAAAGUACAGAUCUAAAUAAAUGAGAAUUUCCAAGUAAGUUAUUCAUAAACUAGCAGCAUGUAAACUACAAAAAAACACAACCAAAAAUAUCUGUUCAAAUCGUAAGGCUCACUACAGAGUAGCUAUGUAUAAAUGAGGGAAGAAGAUGGAAAAAAAUAAGUGAAAUGUGAUUUUUCUGGCUUAUUUAUUUUUUUUUUUUCUGACAGCUGUGUGGAUGAAAAGCCUCAUUCAUGACUAUGGAGAAGCGUGCAAGGAUAUUGUAACAGGGGCCAAAGAGCAUCCAGGCAAAGCUGCGUUUUACCUCUCACUAUUCACAGGAAUUGGCGUAUGCUCCUCUAAGGCUCCUUCAGAGGAUUCCUUUCACUGUUCUGUUUUAGAAGCCUCUGCCGAACUCCUCCUCCUUUCUCCGUGGACACGAAGUGGGAAAUCUGACCAACAUGUGCUGAACCUCACAAAUCUGUCAAAUGAAGGUCGUCUCCGUUACCUAAACCUCAUUGUGGUUUCUCUUGUCUACGAAGCCCCCUAUGACCCGGAUGUUGAUCUCUACCCAGCACACUGCCCACACCUUAAGCCACGUUGGUCAGAUUUUCCAAGCAGGGUUCUAGAUGUUGGGUUUUUUGGGCGUUGGUGGUUUCUCCAAUCUAAGAUGAAAGACUUUGAUGUGAAUGAAGAAGAAUUUGCUCACCUUCCUGAUCAUAUGAGGACACUCACGUUUAAUGAUCUGCACUCACAGGAAAAUGAAAGGUUAUCCCAACUUAAAUACAAGCCAGUUAUAAUGCCAGAGACAGUUGGUGUGACUGGCUGAAUUGUAAAUUACUACAUGUCCAACUAAUUUGUGUACACUUGUAUAUUUAAUAGGAAAUACGGUAAAUUUCUAAAUAAAUAAUAGACAAAAAACAAGAAUUUGUGUAUUUUUUUUCUUAUUCAAGAUGUCUGCUUCUGCAUCAAGCAAAUUAAUCUUUCCACAUGAUGCCACCUUCUGGGUGUUUCAAUGCUACUACAUAUACAUGGAUUGCAUGUACACCUCUAUCUUUGUCCUAUAACCUUUAUCUCCAUAAUAUAUUAACAUUAAAUUGCGAACAGUUUGAGAGAAUGCAGAGUUGGCUCCUAAGGACUGCUGUAGUAGUUAUGGUGCUUAAAAUGUUACGUUAAAACUAUUUUGCAAUUUGAUCUCCCAGGCGGGUGGGGGGGGAGAAAUAUAUAGAUAUAGAUAGAUAAAAUUUAUUUUGUGAUAUUGAAACAAUGUUUUUCUCCCCUGGCCCUUUAAAAGAAAGAUACAAAAAUCAGCUUGUGUACACCUGUGACUUGUAUUUCCAUAGACAUUAAGUUGGAUCUUGUAAAGAGGAGGAAAAGUAAAGGUUGUGAUGCUCAUAGGGUUAAAAGGGAGGAUAGGUAAACUGGGAAAUUUGUAAGUUGGGUCAUGUGACUGAUUAUUAAAGGGACAUUAUAGGCACCCAGAAUACUUCAGCUCAUUGAAGUGGUCUGGGUGCACUGUCCCUGUUGCCCGUAGUCCUGCAAUGUACAACUAGGGAUCAACCGAUAUAUUGAUUGUUUAGAGCUGAUACCGAUUUCUGUGAACUUUCAGGCCGAUAGCCGAUUAACUUACCGAUAUUCUGUACAUUUACCAUUUUAAAAAUAAACAAUCUCUACACAAAUCUGUUAACUAAACAGGUUUAUUAUUUGUUUGCAAAUCUUUUUGUUUAAUUAAGGUAAAUGCACAAAAUAUAUAUGCCAGUCAGAAUAUUUUAUGUUUUCAAGAAUGUGUGUGUAAUGGAUUCAGCGAG